UGUCUGCAAACUCCCCAGAUUUCGCGCAGGACCCGCAACGACCAGGGGCUCCCUUGCAACCGCCAUGAUCACCGACGUCGAGAACCAAGUGCCGGGCACCCCGCCGUCGCUCUACUACAUCCGAGAAUUUAUCACCGUUGAGCAGGAGCAGGAGCUCCUGGCGCAGGUCUAUGCGGCGCCCAAGCCCAAGUGGACAACGCUCAAGAACCGCCGGCUGCAGAACUGGGGAGCCACACCCUCCGGAAAGCAGCUGGUCGGACUGCCCGAGGACCUGCCUGGCUGGCUGACCCGGCUUGCAGGGCAGCUGGGUCAAGUCGGGUCCUUCACGGAGGAUAUGCGUCCGCCAAACCACUGUCUUGUGAACGAAUAUUUGCCUGGCCAAGGAAUCAUGCCACACGAGGACGGUCCCGCAUACUACCCGACGGUUGCAACGGUCUCGCUCGGCAGCCACUGUGUCCUCAACUUUUAUCGCCGGCGCUGCGAUGGCAGUCCAGAGGCGUCCUCGAUGCUGGACGAUCCCAUCGGCAGCGAGCAACGAACGCCCGAGUUUUCGGUCUGGGUCGAGCCCAGGAGUCUCCUGGUCCUGAAGGACCAGGUCUACACGGCGUACUUGCAUGGAAUCGACCCGAUCGAGACUGAUCGGCGGGCUGGCUGCAUCAACCUGCCGCCGGGCCCAGAAGCGAACGAUGAGGCCGAGUGCAGACGGGAGACACGAGUUAGUCUGACAUUCCGCCUGACACAGCGAGUGAUGAAAAGCAAGCUGUUUGCGCUGGGCAAGCGGCUGUGAGAGCGCAGAUGUGUGAAUAUGUCUGACGUGGGAAUCCGGGGAUGUCGGGAGGGAGGCAUGGGGUGGCCUCCGGGAAUGCAGCGAUGCGACAAGCGAUUCUGGGCAAGCAACGGAAAUACAGGCUCGCCGUCGUGCUCA